AUGUCCGCCUCAGAUCAAAACAACCAAGAGCCACCACCCCAGACCGAGCCGCAUCGAACGACGCAAACACAGGCGCACGACCACGCCGUCCAACCCCCGACGGCGGGAUCCGACACGCAGACCGGCGCCCCGUCGAUACCAACAGCGGCAACCGCCGCAGCACAAUCAUCACAACACCCACAAGAAGGAGGAGACGCAGGGGGAGGAGCUGGAGAAGAACAUGAACACCAGCCGCCGGGCUCCCCUCCCCUACCGCAAAAACACACCCCAGUGACACCGGGUCCGCGCGCAACCCGAUUCACCCAGCUCUACGAUCUCGCCCUCCAGCGUACACUCCAAAAGGUCAGCUACGACAACUUCGCGUCGUGCUUCCCAACAAUUGCCGUCCAUGCGCCCAACACCCUGCGCAACGUCCAGAAGCAGAUGGUCGACUACCUCGAGGAGAGGUGUAACAAGGACUUCCAAUCGAUCCUGGUAGACCGCGAUGUCAUCCGGAAACUAAACGACUUUGAGAACCUCGUCAGCGACGCCGAGCGCAGGAGACAAGAAAGCGGCGACUCGGCAGAAGAACCGAUUCCACCGCACCUCCUGUCCCCCGACGAGGUUCUCGCAGCCCACCUUGCGCCGCGCCUCGUCUCGCAGCAGUCCCAUCUCAAUGCCCGCCUUCAAAACACACAGGCCUCCAACGAGUCGCUCUUCGCUACCAUCCAGUCCCAGCGCGCCGAGAUCGACGCCCUUCUCGCCCAGCUUGAGAGUCACGUCGCUGACAUUGACGGCGCCAACGCCAUGCUGGUGGACGUCGCUCCCGAGCUAGCUGCCGAGGCGCGCGCUUCCGAGGCUCAGAUGUCGGGAAUGUAA